UUGACUGGCUAGCUAGCCAAAGUUAGCUUGUGCGGCUAACAGUUGUUGGAAAAGUGGUUUAAGAAGUUACCUAAGUGUGAUUAAUGACGCAUUUGAACCAUGCAUUCAGGCUGGUGGAUGCAGGUGGAACGUUGAAGAGAAGUCUAUCAUAACCAAGAGAAGCUCUAAUCUCUAAUCGGCAACAUGGGGGCUGUCAUCUCACGGUGGAGGGCCAAACCUUCCACUGUGGAGAUUUUGGAGGGAAUAGAUAAGGACAUCCAGCUUCAUGAGGAGCACGGUGCAAAGUACCAAAGGCAGCUGAAGAUCUGGCUGGGCCGACUGCUGCUGUACUCCAUCCUCCUCUACCUGAUGACCUGCAUAGUCGUCUACUGCUGGUACCUGCCAGAGCAGCUCAUGGGGCGCCUAAUUCUCGCCCUCCCUCUUGUCAUAUUUCCUUUACUAGUGUGGUUACUUCGAAAACUCCUGAUUGUCAUCUUUUCACGAAUAACGGAAAAAAAUAAUGAAAAACUGGAGAAUCUUAAAGGACAAAAGAAGAAAAUACUUGAAGAAGUUAUGGAAACGGAGACGUAUAAAAAUGCUAAAAUGAUUCUGGAGAGAUUUGAUCCUGAUUCCAAGAAAAAAAUGGAGCUGGAAUCUACUCCACUCGGACCCCAUAUGACUCCUAAACAAGGCCAAGAGCUUCGCCAGCGCAACAUCGUCCCUAAAACGCCACCAGUGGUGGCGCCGGCCGCAGUGGUGGCAAAUCCUGGUAGCAGUGUAGCGGCUCGCCCUCCUCUUGCCAGCGGGCCCACCUACCCCGGACGGUCUUCACACUCUGCUCCAGGUGGACCCCCGGAGAGGCGCCUGUCGGCCAUGGCUGCUCAGCAGAGCUUGAUGAGGAAGCCUCUGACCCCUGGAACACCUGCUCCUGGAUUUGGGAUGCACCCCCCAGGCCCGCCCUUGGCCAGACCUGUGCUUCCAAGGCAAAGAGGCGCCGUGGACAGAAUAGUCGAGUAUCUUGUUGGAGAUGGCCCGCAGAACAGGUUCGCUCUCAUCUGCCAGCAAUGUCUGUCCCACAACGGCAUGGCCUUAAAGGAGGAAUUUGACUAUGUUGCAUUCCGAUGUGCGUACUGUUUCUUCCUGAAUCCUGCGAGAAAGACCAGACCUCAAGCACCCAGACUCCCCGAGGCCACUGGCGAGCUGAAGAUGUCAUCUGAGGCGUCCCCCUCCCGCUCCUCCUCCUUGUCUGGUGCCGACAGAGACUCCCCCCAAUUGUUCAAAGAGAAAACAGAGCAUGCAGACGUCCCUGAAACUGACACCCAAGAGCCUGUGCCCCCGACACCUCCAGAGCCCUGUCCCGAGUCCGACCACCAAAGCACUCCCGAAUCACAUGACGACGAGGCCUCCGGAAAGUCUGACGGUGAGCAGGACUUGUCUGCCAUGGAAGUGGAGUAAAGAAGGUCAGAAGCGUAACAAACACAUUUCACGUCUGGAACGUUAAUGGAAGCAAUUGCGUAAGAACGACACGUACUUUGGAACCAGGGCUUACUGUGCUUUUCUUUGCAAAUAAUUUUUAUCCGUGCAGCAGCAGUAUUGAAGUGUUUGAUGCUAGCGUGUAGCAGCAAACCCACCAACCUGUUCUAUGCAGCAUGAGGCGAGAGAACAAGUAUACUGUCUGUAUUUAAUGUAUUGUCUUAAUAGGAUAAAGUCAAUGAAAUACAAAAUAUUUUAUUUAUAUCAAUUUAUGAAUAUUCUCUUUGUAGCAGUGCCUUUAACAGUAAUGGACUGGGUUAUUCUGCAGCAAGGUGGUGCUACCAGCAUGUUUACACACGAUGGUACAUAAAGAGCGCACUUACAAAAUGUAUUUAUUUCUAUAAGGGGGUGAAGCAAAUGAAUAUUGCUACUUUUACAUUUUAAACGGCUUCACCCGAGUGUUGUUGAUGCAGUCUAUUUAUAUUUAGACAAUCCCUUUAACUGUUUGCUGUGAAUGUGUCCGUUUGUAAUGUUAAAAUAAACUUUUUGACAACA